AUGUUUCCUCUACCUGUUGCUCUGGGAGCAGCAAUACUGCUCUCAACCACCAAUGCCCUGGAGCUCGACAUUACACAGCCGGAUUCGAUACGAGAUGCCGCCUCCAACAUUGCCUACGGCAUGAUGAGCUGGUACACGGGGAACAACACGGGCGAUGUUCCUGGGAACCUGCCAGAUCCGUACUAUUGGUGGCAUGCAGGAGCCAUGUUCAUGAGCAUGGUCGACUACUGGUACUAUACAGGCGACAACAGCUACGUCGACGUCACCAAGCAAGCCAUGAUCCACCAGGCCGGCGAUACGUGGGACUUCAUGCCCGAGAACCAAACAAAAACCGAAGGCAACGAUGACCAAUUGUUCUGGGCUCUUUCAGCCAUGUCCGCCGCCGAAGUCCGCUUCCCGAACCCGGACAGCAACCAGGCAUCCUGGGUGGCCCAGGUGCAAAACGUCUUCGACCUCCAAACCAGCCGCUGGGAUGAUACGUGUGGCGGUGGACUACGGUGGCAGAUCUUCACCUGGAACAAAGGCUACAACUACAAGAACACCAUCUCCAACGGCGGCCUCUUCCAGAUCUCGGCCCGGCUCGCGCGCUACACGGGAGACGCGCAGUACGUCGAGUGGGCGGCCAAGGUAUGGGACUGGUCGACGGGGGUGCUGUUCCAAAACGAAACCGACACGACCAUCGUGCUCAACGACGGCGCGACGACCGAGAGCGGGUGCACGCGCUCCGACCCGACGCAGUGGACGUACAUCUACGGCGUCUUCAUCGCCGGCACGGCCUACAUGUACAACCACACGCGCGACCAAAUCUGGCUGACGCGCACGACCAAGCUGCUCAACACCGUCGAGGCCACCUUCUUCAUCAACGCCGCCAACGGCGUCACCGGCAAGGUCAUGUCCGAAACCGCGUGCGAGCCCAGCGGCAACUGCGACAUCGACCAGCAGUCGUUCAAGGCCUACCUGACGCGCUGGAUGGUGCUGACCGCCCAGAUGGUGCCCAGCCUCGAGGCCCGCAUCUGGGGCCUGCUGCGGCCGUCGGCCCAGGGCGCCGCCCUGCAGUGCUCCGGCGGCGGCGAGGGGCCCCGGAACGCGCCUGAUGCCUGCGGCAGGCGCUGGGACCAGGCGACGUACGACGGCACCUCGGGCUUGUGCGAGCAGAUGGCCGCGCUGCAGGCCGUGUCGGCCAUGAUGCUCGGCGGCGCCGACGGCGGCUUGGACGGCGUCAACCUGUUGCCGCCCGCAUCCGUGGCGGCCGGCGGCGGCGGCACGAGCAAGCCGAAAGAGGACGGUGGCGGCGGGAAGACGAGCGGGAAGACGCUGCCGCUUGUUUAUACCGAGGACAUUACCGCGGGGGAUAAGGCGGGCGCGGCCAUCUUGACGAUUCUUUUGGUUUCUGGAACCCUGUCGGUGGGUUGGUGGAUGCUGUAA